GCUAAUCGGUAAAAACUUUGAUCUUGUCACCUACCAAGAGCUGAGCCAUAUCGAAACUUUAAGCUUCGAGGUUUCUCUCCGACGAUGUCGGAGACUCGCCGGAAUCAAUCUAGCCAUGAACGAAUCGACAACAACUCGGUGAUUCAACAACAAAGAGUUGUGAUUGAGAACAGUCAUGGCGAGAAACUCAUUGGAGUUUUGCAAGAUACUGGUUCUACUGAAACUGUCGUCAUCUGCCAUGGCUUUCAAUCAUCAAAGGAUCGGAUUCCCAUGGUCACCAUUGCUAAUUUCUUUGAAAGAGCCAAGAUUAGUUCUUUUCGAUUUGACUUUGCUGGCAACGGGGAAAGCCAAGGAUCAUUACAGUAUGGUAACUAUCGUCGUGAAGUUGAAGAUCUGCGUUCUGUUGUGCAACACUUGCGUGGAGAUAAACGUGAGGUUUCUACGAUUAUUGGACAUAGCAAAGGUGGGAAUGUAGUGCUUUUGUAUGCAGCAAAGUACAAUGAUGUGCAGACUGUUGUAAAUAUCUCAGGUCGGUUCUUUCUUGAGAGAGGAAUCGAAGGCCGGCUUGGUAAGGAUUACUUCAAGAGAAUCAAAGAGGAUGGGUUCAUUGAUGUUAGGAACAGAAAGGGAAAGUUUGAAUAUCGGGUAACCGAAGAGAGUCUAAUGGACCGUCUCACGACCAAUACUCUUGAAGCAUGUCUCUCACUUCAUGAAAACUGCAGGGUCUUGACAAUUCAUGGGUCAAAAGAUAGGAUCGUGCAUGUAACAGAAGCGUCCGAAUUUGCCAAAUAUAUAAAGAAUCAUAAGCUGUGUCUUAUUGAAGAAGCUGAUCAUGAGUUCACUUCUCACCAGCAUCAGCUUGCUUCUAUUGUUCUCUCAUUCUUCAAAUUGGAUCCGAAGAACGAUGGUGAGCCAGGUGAUAUCAGUACAAGUAACCAAGACUCCAUGAGUUCAGUUGUUCCUGUUAGGUCGCGAAUUUAACAGCUUUGCUGAGUCAGUUAAUGUCUUAGUUGAGUUUGAUAUAAUAAACACUAAAGCACAGUUAGAGAUCAAAUUGUCCAUGUGAUGGAUAUAAUCUCAGUAUCAGGUUCAAUGUUGUAUAUGUCUCAACACGGAUUCGAUUGUAAUGGUUAAAAACUUGGUUCCUUGAGCCUAGUUUAGUUUGGGAUCUAGCUGUCCAAUACUAGAAACCUAUUUAGAGCCAAGUUUCUAAAUACUCUCUAUUGGUUGCUUAUAAAGACGAGAUUUCACCUAUUU